AUGCGGCCGUUGACCGAUCAAGAAACCGAGGCUGUUUUCACGAAACUCGCCAACUACAUCGGCGACAAUGUCCAGCGCUUGGUAGAUAGAAGUGAUGGUGAAUACUGCUUCCGGUUGCACAAAGAGCGAGUCUACUAUUGCAGUGAAUUUUUACUUAAAAAGGCGGCUUGUAUUGCUCGUGAACCGCUGCUUUCUUUUGGCACUUGCUUAGGGAAAUUCACGAAAUCGAGAAAGUUUCACCUACAUAUCACCGCAUUAGAUUAUCUUGCUCCCUACUCGAAGUCGAGGAUCUGGUUAAAACCAAAUGCGGAACAACAAUUUCUUUAUGGGAACAAUAUCUUGAAGUCGGGUGUUGCACGAAUGACCGAAGGAACUCCAUCUCAUCAAGGUGUUAUCGUUUUCAGCAUGAACGAUACUCCUCUUGGUUUCGGUGUCACAGCAAAGGGAACGGCAGACUGUAAAAGGGCGGAUCCGACGGCAAUUGUUUUGCUCCAUCAAGCCGAUCUUGGCGAAUAUCUCCGCAAUGAAAGUUUCCUCACU